AUGGCAGAUUUCGAAGAGUUUUGUGGAGGUCCUCUAUGGAACGAGACCCAGUUUCUCGGAGAAUGGCCAGAGUUCACCCCUUGCUUCCGAGUCACAAUUCUGAUAUGGCUGCCCUGCGGAUACCUCUGGCUUCUGCUGCCCUACUUCCUGUAUGACGUCACCAAGCGAGACAGCACCAACAACCUCGUGCCACCGAGGCCCGACAUUGAUGACGUCAGUAACGGACACGGGAAGCGUCUGCGACAGAAAGAGGAUGACUCGGACCCCAGGGGAGGCGUGACUGUGAUCUUUUUUCUCAAAUUGAUGCUGACGUCAUUGGUCUUCCUCUGCAACUUGUCCCACUUGCUGAUUAGUUUAAAGGACGACGCCACCACAGCAACCAUCGUUGGCUGGGCCAUGCAGGUCGCUUCUUACGUACUAGUCACCUUCAUGCUGGUGUUUGAGAGACGCCGAGGACGGAAGGCCACCUUCCCCGCCUUCUUCUUCUUCUGCAUGAACGCCGUUGUCGGGGUGAUCGACGCUUACUCGUGGGUCAUGUCACAGGCCCUGACUAUCGCCAGCUUUGCCAAGAAGGGCACGACUGUCGGCGAGAUCGUCAACCUCAUGUCUGUGGACUGUCAGAGAUUACAGGAUAUAAUGGCGAUGAUCUUCUUCAUGUGGACCACGCCCUACCAGAUCGUGAUCGGUGUGGUCCUCCUGUACCAAACACUGGGCCCGGCUGUGUUCUCAGGGGUGGUCAUACUGCUGCUGAUGGUGCCUCUGAACGCGUGGAUGGGCAGCAAGCAGAAGCUUAUACAGGAGGCGAACCUUAAGCUGAAGGACGUGAGGAUACGGAUGGUGAACGAGAUCCUGAACGGAAUGAAGACAUUUGUGUCUAUAAAACGUAUCAACAAGUUCCUGAUCACUGAGGAUUUGGAUGAGAGUAACACCACCUGGGAUGAGAAAGCUGUCCCAGUGGGCAGCCUGACGGCCGUGGUGGGCCCCGUGGGCAGCGGCAAAACCUCGCUCAUCAACGCCAUACUGGGGGAGAUGGAGAAGGUCAAGGGAACCGUCACUGUCAAGGUGAGGGAUGAUACUGUGGGCAAGAUACGAGCAGAAAUCCGCACCGCCAUUGAUCGCGUCACUUCCGACACCGCCAACACCUCAGCAGACGAGUUCAACUACAUCCGGAAGGAGAAGAGGAAAAAGAGGAGGAAACAGGACCGGUACGAGUCUAGCGGAGGUCUGAGUGAGCCAAUGCUGAUGCACGAGUCCCUCGAGCAGUCUAUGACCUUGACCUCAUCAGUGAAGAGCGUGCACCCAGUGGCCGGGAGACUCAUCAUGGACGAGAAGCUGGAGACUGGAAAGGUGAAAAGAGACGUGUUCGUGGUGUACGGCCGUGCUGCCGGAAUGUGUGCUUUGAUGACGGCCUUCGCUUCCUACGCGGUCAACCAAGGCCUCCUGGUGAUGUCCAGUUUCUGGCUGAUCGAGUGGACAGAAGACCCGAUCCUCCUGAACGCCUCCACCCGCUCCACCCCCGAGGGUAUCGCCACCUCCGACUACUACAUGGGCAUCUACGGAGGAGCCUUCGGCCUGGCGCAACGAGGUGCACUUUUAAAUCCGGAGAAACUUACAUACUUUUUCACACUUUCUCCUGUUUCAGUGUUCACGUUUUUAGCCUUCAACUACCUGUUCUGGUUCCGUAUGGUUCGGGCUGCUGACAGACUUCACGGAUUCCUGCUGGAGAGACUUUUCCACGCCCCGAUGUCCUUUUUUGACCAGACUCCGAUAGGCAGGAUUCUCAAUAGGUUCUCCCGCGACAUGGACACAGUAGACAACACGCUGCCGCUCAUCCUCCGCGACUGGAUUGUGUGUGCUGCCCUCAUCUUCGUCACUCUCGUGGUGGUGCUGGUUCAAACCCCGCUCUUCGCCGUCGUCCUCGUGCCACUGGUCAUUCUCUACAUGCUCAUACAGAGCUAUUACGUCCGCACAUCACGACAACUGAAGCGUAUCGAGUCGAUCGCCCGGUCCCCCAUCUAUGUCCACUUCAGUGAGUCCAUCACAGGCGCCGCGGUCAUCCGCGCAUACAGGGCCGGGCAACGCUUCGUGCUGGAGUCUCAGAGGAGGGUGGACUAUAACCAGGUCUACUACUUCGCCAGUCAGGCAGCUCUGAGGUAUGUAGGAGUUGGAGAGCAAGAUGUUCCAGGGCUUUAUAUUGAAACGAGCUACAUAUUCCUCCCCCAGGCUGAUGUGAUCAUCCCUGACAACCGUCCCGCCAAGUCCUGGCCGUCCAAGGGUGUGGUGGAGUUCAACCGGUACCAGACCAGGUACAGGGAGGGGCUGGACCUCGUUCUCAAAGGCGUCAACUGCUGCAUCAACUCGGGAGAAAAGGUCGGCAUAGUAGGGCGUACGGGGGCGGGCAAGUCGUCCUUGACCUUGUGUCUGUUCCGGAUCAUCGAGGCCGUGAACGGCAGCAUCAUCAUAGACGGGGUGAACAUCGCGGACAUUGGACUGCACGACCUGCGGAGUCGCCUCACCAUCCUGCCACAGGACCCGGUCCUAUUCUCUGGCACCCUGAGGAUGAACAUUGACCCGUUUGACCAGUACACAGACGACCAGCUAUGGCAGGCCAUAGAGAGGUCCCACCUCAAACCUUUCGUGAUGGCGCAGCAAGAAAGGCUCAUGUACCAGUGUGGCGAGGAGGGUUCAAACCUCAGUGUGGGACAGCGCCAGCUGGUGUGCCUGGCCCGGGCCCUAUUACGUCACACCCGCAUUCUGAUCCUGGACGAAGCGACGGCGGCCAUUGACCUGGAGACAGACACUCUCAUCCAGAACACCAUCCGGGAGUCCUUCAAGGAGUGCACCAUCCUGGCCAUAGCGCACAGGCUCAACACUAUCAUGGACUACGACAGGAUCAUAGUGAUGGAUGCAGGAGUCAUCAAAGAGUUCGACACCCCCAAACGGCUCAUCGAGCAGAGAGGAGUAUUCUUUUCCAUGUGCAAAGAUGCGGGUCUUGCUUCAUAA